UUUUUAUAAAUUCUGUGUUCCGCGAAAGUUUUGUUUACAUUUUUAUUGUGGCCGGCUACUUUAUUAAGUUUUUAUUUGUUUUAGCAAUAAUUAUGUUUACUGCAGUCCUAAAACCAGGGUCAUUCAAACACAUAACUUGCCGGAAUUCAAUUUAUCCAAAGAGUCAAGUUACUCGUUUCCCCGUAUCCGAUGAGUUUGUGUUUUGGUCUGACGAUUUUCCAUCAUAUUCACCUCCCGAUUACACUGCCCCACAUAUAAAUGGUCAAAUUUGGGCAGAUCCAGAUAUUACCGACAGCACAUUUCAACCUAAAUGGAAUAGUUUAGAUGGCAAAAUAAACCGUGUAUCAUUCAAUGGUGACUAUCAAGUGGUUGAUGGUAUUCCCAGAAAUCCCAUUGGACGAACUGGAAUAAAGGGACGAGGUUUGUUGGGUCGAUGGGGACCUAAUCAUGCAGCAGAUCCAGUUGUGACUCGCUGGCGAAGAGAUUCUUUAGGAAAUGCGUUAAUAAAUGGAGAAAAGAGAAUUCUUCAAAUGGUUGCCAUUCAAAGACAUGACAAUCAAAUGUGGGCCAUUCCUGGUGGCAUGGUCGAUCCAGGGGAAAGAGUUAGUGCCACACUCAAAAGGGAAUUCAUGGAAGAAGCUUUGGACAGUUUCGAUAACAAAAGAAUGAUUGAUGAAUUCUUUGCUGAAGGCAUUGAAAUCUACAAAGGAUAUGUUGAUGAUUUCCGAAAUACCGAUAAUGCUUGGAUGGAAACUGUAGCUUAUAGUUUCCACGAUGGCACUGGGAAACAAGUUGGUAAAUUGCAAUUGUCUGCUGGAGAUGAUGCAGCAAAUGUUAAAUGGAUGGAUGUUAGUAGAGAUCUUAAGUUACAUGCAAAUCAUUUAGACAUUGUUAAGCAAGUUGUUAAUAGAUUAAACGCUCACUGGUAAUUAAUAUAAUAAAAUGAGAAAUUACUUUUUUAAA